AUGAACAUCGAGAUUCGCAUCUCCAACCAGCCGCAAGCCAGCCUGGCGAACCUCUCUCCCUGCAUCCAGAUGCUGCUCAACUACUUCGAGGUGAAGGUCGGUCCCCUCCGGGGCGACAUGGCUCCCAUCUUCGACAUGGACUUCACCGACGACACGAAGGCCCUCGUGUGCCUGCAACAGCGCUGCCUCCUGGGCCUGCUGCACUCGACCACCAAGAGCGACUCGACGAAGACCACCAACGUCCUUGCCGUGUACGUCGUGAGCGCGGGCAUGCUUAACCUGAACGUCAACAAUCAGUCCCUCAGCUCCUUCGCGAACCACAAGAGCGCAGCCAAGCUGCAAGACUCGAUUCGCGCCUUGUGCAACCUGGCGAACAUCAGCCCCGCCACCUACCCUGGCGUACGCAAGAUGCUGCAGUCCUUCUCUCUCCUUACCGACGUGAGCACCGUCCAAUACGAGAAGACCGACAUGUUCGCCAGUUUGUGGUGA